AUGCCUGCCCGGAAUGCAGGACCCACCAACUCGCUACUGCGAUCGGACCUGGCUCCUGAUGUUGCUAUUGGCAGGACCACGUUCUCGCACAAAAGGAUGCCUGAUAAGACACUUACAGUAGCCGCCUACGCAGCUGGUGCCUCUCUCGCCGCCAUCACGCUGAUUUACGUUUUCGGUCCCACCUAUUUUCUCGAUAACGAUCCAUCGGCUAACUCAACCAGCGUGUUCUCGACCAAGAAGAAUGGUGCCGUGGGCCUAGUCAAUCCGGCAAACGAUUGCUUCAUCAACUCAGUUCUCCAGGCUCUCGCUGGCCUUGGGGACCUCCGUUUAUACCUUAUCCGGGAGACGCAUCGUCGAAGCCUGGACGGUGGCUGGGUGUAUGCGCAGACCAUCCCGAGCGAUGUUUGGGACAGUGGUGGCGAUGGCGACGAGACAAGCAAAUGGCGAGUCCGUGGGGGUGUGCCCGAGUGGAAAGCCGAAGGACUCCAGAUGGGUAUCGUCACCAAGGGCUUGAAGGAUAUCCUUGACGCCCUGAACGAGAGACCGAUCUACAAAAAGACGAUUUCGGCCGCGCCCUUCGUCAAGACACUGGAGAUUGCCUUUGGUCAGCGGAUCAGCAGACAGCAACAGGACGCACAGGAGUUCCUUCAGGUCGUGGCCGAGAGGCUUUGCGACGAGUACCAUGCCGGCCAAAGAGCGCGAAGCUAUGCUACGCGUGCAGCCAAGCAACCACCUGCGAAGGUAUCCUUCGAUAGCAAGACAUCAGACAGUGUGGCCAGUGAGCAGGCCAACUGCACUGAUCAACCGGCGAAAACGGCCGCGAGCGCGGUCCCCGACGGCGCCGACGAAGAGAGAGCAGAAGAAGGGUUCCCGUUUGAAGGGAGCUUUGAGUCCCAGAUUGAAUGCCUGACUUGUGGUUUCAGACCCAGGCCCACUCAAUCAACCUUCUGCACCCUAACACUAAACGUACCACAUGUUCCAGCAACAACUUUGAACGCAUGCUUCGACGGCAUGUUCAAAACCGAGUAUAUCGAGGAUUUCAAGUGUGAAAAGUGCCGGUUGUUGCAUGCCAAGGCCGUUCUCGAAGCAGAUAUCCAGCGAUCAACGUCGGAGUCUUCGAGGGAGAAAGCUCGCACGGCUCUAGCCAGUCUCGAGCUAGCUAUCGAGACGGAUCCUGAGAAGGCACCAGAGGGUGUCGAGUUGCCGGAUCCUCGCUAUGCUCCCAAGCGGAAGAUAGCUCGGCACAUCCGUAUGACAGGAUUUCCCAGGAUCCUGGCCAUCCAUCUGUCGCGGUCGAUCUACGACAUGAGCAAUUUCUCUCAGAAAAAUCUUGCGAAGAUCGCAUUUCCGGAACUGCUGCCUCUUGGUGGCCUUCUGCAGCAGAGAAAAUACAAGCUUCUCGGCGUUGUGACGCACAAGGGCAAUCACCAUAGCGGGCACUAUGAGUCCUUUAGACGACAAAAUAUAUAUCCACCCUUCUCUAAUCCCAGUACCUUUCAGCCCUCUGGAGCAUACAUAAACACCAGUUCCCCUUCAAACAUCAAUCAGGCACAAGCCACUCAGCCCGGAUCCGGACAGGCUCCUACACCAGGAGUAGACGGCGGUAUCACGCCUACCAACGAGGCUAGAUCGACAUCUACGUCUCGGGAAAGAGAUGCCGAUACGAACAGCCUACGAUCUGCGGCCGCAUCGGCGCGCUCAACCUUGAUCAGAAUUGCCUCAAAACCGUCCUCUCGCGCUGGCAGCCCCGACACAACCGGGUCGAAACCUAACGAUAAAAUACCAAACACAACUAUGAAAUCCAAACGGCAGAAAUCAAGCAGCCGAUGGUGGCGUAUCAGUGACGACAAAGUCAAAGAAGCAAGUACCCGCGACGUACUGGGCAUGCAGCGAGAGGUUUACUUGCUGUUUUAUGAACUUGAACGAUAG